AUGGACACUGCCCUGAAUAAACUGUCUCAAGGGCAUCCCAACUUAGCCCUGGCCGGGCUAAUUGCUGCUCUGUUAGUACUGGCCUUGAGCUGGCAUUGGCGGGAGGAUAAGCCAUACCGCGGCUUCAGACUGAUCGGCCAAGAGCGCGGAGAGUGGUCCUAUGAGAAGGCUCGGUUGAGAUUCAACACAAAUGCAAUUGAGCUUCUUAGAGAUGGAUUUGAGCAGACAGAUGGAAAACCAUUCCAAAUCUUAUCACCCUUCGGUCCCCUAGUGAUGCUUCCGCCGCAGAUGUCUGAAGAGAUCCGGAAUGACAAGCGACUCACCUUUACCGGUUUCAUUGACAGGCAAUGGCUCACUCGUUAUCCCGGCCUCAGCGUUCUUCAAGAGGGGCUUAGGGGAGACAUAAUUCAAGAAGCAAUCCGCAGAAACCUCAACCAGGAACUCAGUAUGCUCCGUCUCAGCCAACAACAGUUGAGUGUUCUCGUGUACUCUGCUCACUAUGAAGUUCUUUCAGAAUGGCAAGAAGUCAAGUUCUUCCCAGUGUCCCUACAACUCGCCGCCCGCCUCUCCGCCAAGAUCCUUCUCGGCGACAGACUGUGUCGUUCCAAAGAAUGGAUUGCCGUCUCUAUAAAUUUCGCAGGCGUAGUUCUCACAGCAGGUCGCGCCCUCCGCGCUUGGCCCGUCCUCCUCCGCCCACUUGUUCACCGCUUCAUCCCGAAACUCAAAUUCCUUCGCUCUCAAGUCGCGCAGGCUCGCAAAAUCAUGGAGCCCGAACUAGCUGCUCGAAGACAGGCACGAACAGAAAUGGAGAAGCCCAUGGACUCACUUUCGUGGAUCGACGACGUCCGGCGCGGGAGGGAGUUCGAUGUGGUUGCGGGACAGUUGUUCUUAACGUUCGCCGCUAUUCAUACGACUUCUUCGGUCUUGACAGCAUUUAUGUACGAUAUUCUGGCCAAUCCAGAGUAUUUUACUCUGUUGAGGGAAGAGAUAGUUCGCGUCUUCUCAGAAGAGGAAGGCUGGAGCAAAAACAGCCUAUACAAGCUGAAGCUGAUGGACAGCUGCCUCAAAGAGAGCCAGCGCCUACACAUACUGGGACCACACAUGAUGAACCGCAAAGUCGAGAUGCCAGUAACUCUUUCCGACGGAACCUAUCUUCCAGAAGGUGUUCAUGUCACCGUUUCAGCCCACAACACCCGCGACCCAGCUCUCUGGGGGCCUGAUCCGGACGAAUUCGACGGAAAACGGUUCCUCCGCAUGCGAGAGCAAGCUGGACAGGAGAACCGGUGGCAAUUUGUCUCCACGAGUCCCGAGUUCCUCGCGUUUGGACAUGGUAUGCACGCAUGCCCCGGCCGAUUCUUCGCAAGCAAUGAGAUGAAGAUUGUGCUUGCGCAUCUUGUCAUGAACUACGAUUGGAAAAUCAUCGGGGACAAGGCGCCGGGGAGUGUGUUUAAGACGGCGGUGGACAUAGGCUACGUAGCCGGCCACCUCGGCUUGUCCGAGUCGACUGUGUCGACCGUCACGACCGAACCCACCCCAGACCUCGUCGCGAGUCUCCUCGGAGCCGUCAUCGCCAAGGCUCGCGAGUACGACGAGCUUUACGCGCAGAAGCUGCAGGUUGACAUUGAGCUCGAGAGCGCGCACCACAGUGCCGAGUCGAGAUGUCAGAGCUUCAAAGCGACCGCCGACAAGGCUUUGAAGGAUGUGGAGGAAGUCCGCCAGAAACUCAAGGAAGAAGAGACGAAACGCCAAACGGUCGAAAACGAGCUUCAAUCCCUCAAGUCCCGCGGCUCCGACUACGAUUCCGAGAUCACAACCCUCCGUGACCGCAUCGAGUCGCUGCAAUCCUCCAACCGUGCGAAUAUGGCGCUGCUUGAAUCGCGCAACGCUCGCGACGCAGAGCUCUCCGAGGAGCUCGCCAAGCAGCACCAGAAAAACGUCCAACUGAAUAAGGAGAUCACCGCCCUCCAGCAACAAGUCCAAUCCGCCCAAGCCGCCGUGAGCAGCGCCAAGUACCGCGAAGAGUCCCUGCAACAACAACUCGAUCUUGCGCGACGGAACAGCGAAUGGUUCGAGACCGAGUUAAAAACCAAGAGCGAUGAAGCCCUGAAAUACCGCCGUGAGAAGGGAGCACGCAUUGCCGAGCUGCAGCGCCAAAACGAAGACGCGAAAUCCAACAUCGAGGCCUUGAAGCGAAGCGAGCAACAACUCCGAGACCGACUCGAGGCUGCCCAGGCCAAGGCUGAAGAGGCUCUCAUCAAGGUCCAGCAGCAACAGGAGGCCUUCGCCCGCAGCGAGGAGAGCUACAAGCACGAACUCGAGAACAAACAACGGGUCGUCGACAUGACGAAUCAGCUUGCCGACAGUCACAAGAAGCGUGUGCAGACCCUCGAGGGCGAGAAGGAGUCUCUGAAGGAGAAGCAUGCCAACGAGAUCCGUCGCGUUCAGCAGGAGCUUGAGAGAGAAAAGGAAACAUGCCGCGGCCUCGAGGAGAGAGUCACCCAGCUAGAGGGUGAGAUCGACGAGCUCCACGCUCGCAUGGAGCAAGGACCCCCUCCCGCCACGCCUCAGACGCCCCGUAUGAAUGGUUCCCUUCUCGGACGACCUGGCUCACCUUUCGCGACUCCUGCUUCCGCACGCAGCAAGUCUGCCAUCACCGCGACCCAAGCUAUCGACGAGCUCUACAAAGUCAAGGGCCAGCUUGCAGGCGAGAAGCGACGCAACCAGCAGCUCGCCGAGGAGCUAGACAACAUGAUCGCUCUCCUCGAGGCCAAGACCCCUGAAAUUGAGGAGCUCCAAAACGAGGCCGACACCCUGCGAGCUGAGAUCACAAGAAUGUCUGAGCUCUCCCAGAGCAGUUUCGAGGAACGCGACACUGCGAAGAAGAGUGCCCGGAAGGCGGAGAGCGCUCUUGCCAAUGCACAAGCCGAGUCCAAGAUUCUUCGCACACAGCUUCGUGAUCUUAGCACCCAGAUCCAGAUGCUUGUCUUCAACAUGCAUGCCCGCGAGAAGGGUCUGGAGCAGCUCACUCGCGAGGAGACCGUCCGUUUGGAACAACUGUCCCGUGGUGAAAUUACCGAGGGCGCUCUUUCCGACAUGUCCGAUACCCACCAAUUCAUCACGCAAAAGUUUAUCGUCUUCAAGGACAUCCAAGAACUCCAAGCCAAGAACCAAGAACUGCUCCGUGUCACCCGCGAACUGGCUGAGCAGAUGGAGAGCGAGGAGGCUGUUGCUGCCAAGAGUCAAGCUGUCGAGGACCACCAAUCAGUGGAGCGCCUGCAGCAAGAACUCGCCAACAUGAUCGACGAGACCAAGUCUCUGAGAACGACGAUGGAGAGUUUCAAGGCUGAGCGUGACAUGUUCCGUCGUCUGCUCCAGCAAAAAGCAAGCGCCGGGGAGCUUGCCUCUAUCUUGGGCGGCUCUGAGGACGGCCAGCGCCAGCCUCUCGCUAGCAUCGAGACGGACGAAGGCGAUGGCGUGUCCCCGUCAGCUGCUCUCCGCGCCCUGCAGGUGGAAUUCGACACCUACCGAAACGAUGAAGAAUCUGUCCGCCGGUCACUCAGAGAACAGAUUGACAGACUCUCGGGCGAGAAGAACUCCCUCCAGGGCGAGAUUGCGAAGAUCACCAGCCAAAUCACCCUGGCUUCUGAACGUUACGAGAUGUUGCACUCUAACUUUGUUGCCCUGCAGAGCGAGAACAAGGAGCUUCAGAAACGAAACAACUCCCUGUCCGAAGACUCCAUCAAACAGGAGAUUCGGGUGCAACAGGUUGCCGAAGAACUUGUUGAUGCAAAGGGUUUGCUCGAGAGCAUCCGCAACGAGGCGGCUAACCUCAAGGCCGAGAAGAAGCUCUGGAAGGAUAUACAGGAUCGACUCAACCAAGACAAUGAGAAUCUCGUCCAGGAGAAGACUCGACUCAACACGCUUCUGGCCACGCAACAGUCGAUGCAGAAUGAGCGCGAUAUUUCCGAAUCAGAGUUUAGACGCAAGACGCAGACGAAGAUCGACAGCCUCGAGCAAGAACUGACCGCCACGAAACGGAAGCUGUCGGAAGAGAUGGAAGAGGGGAAGAAGCUUCAGCUCAGGAAAGAGUUUGAUGCCCGCGAGGCGCAGAAGCGGAUUGACGAGCUCUCGACUAGCCUCAGCCAGAUUCGUGAAGAGCACGUCGCCGUUAAGACCAGCCGUGACCACCUGCAAGCUCGUGUCGACGAGCUCACUAUCGAACUUCGCAACGCUGAGGAACGUGUCGGCAGACUGCAGCCGCGACCCACGCCUCGUCCGGGCACCCUGGCGCUCCCGACACAGACCAACGAGGACAACGAGGAGGAGGUUCGCGAGCUCAUCAACGAGGUUUCAGAUCUCAAGAGAGAGCUCGACAUCGCCAAGGCUCAGUUGGACAACGCGAAGGAGCAGACCGAAUCCUACAAGCAACUAAGCGAGCAGAAUGAGGAGGCCCUCGCCGACAUAACGUCUUCCCAGGACCAGUUCAGAGAAGAAAUGGAAUCUGCGCUGUCUGGCAAGGACGCCAAGAUCAAGGAGUUGGAACAGCGUGUCGAGGACUUGUCGUCCGAAUUGGCGAAUUCCAACAAGGAGCUCUCUCACCUUCGCGACUCCCAAAACGAGGUGUCCCGAAAGUUCGACGAUGAGAAGGCAAUCUUGGAUGACGAGAUUAAGCGGUUGAAGGAGGAGGCCGAUCGAUACUCCGAAGCUGCCAAAUUCCACCAACAAGACCUUCGUGCACAGUCUGAGAUAACUGCCAAGGCUCAACAAGAUUACGAGCAGGAGCUCGUCAAGCACGCCGAGGCGGCCAAAUUGGUUCAGCAACUCAGAACCGAGUAUAACGAGUUGAAGAGCCAAACUGCCACGCUGAAGGCAGAGGCCGAGUCGGCCAAGGUCACUCUCACGCAAAGUGAGAGCUCAUGGGAGGAACGCCGCCAACGCUUGGAGCAAGAGAUGGUCGAGAUCAAGGCUCGUCGCGACGACGUCAACGCUCAGAACAAACUGCUUCACGAGCAACUUGAAAGCAUCACCUCACAGUUCUCGGCAUUGAAGCAGAACAGAGCGGUAUCGACGGAAGAUGGCACCGGUAAUGACGAAGGCGGCAACGACAGCGCCGCCGACGGUCUUCGCGAGCUGAACAACUAUCUCAGACGAGAGAAGGAGAUUCUCGAGGUUCAAUACGAUCUCAAGGUGCAGGAAGCCAAGCGCCUGCAACAACAACUCGAGUACUCCCAAUCGCAGCUUGACGAAGCUCGCUUGAAGCUUGACCAGGAACGCCGCGCAACGGCUGAGAGUGGCCAAACAUCAAUCGCCCACAAGGACUUGAUGGACAAGCUCAACGAGCUGAAUCUGUACCGCGAAAGUAGUGCCACUCUUCGGAACGAGCUUGCCCAGGCACGAACCCAGAUUGCGGAGAAGAACAACAAGAUCGAGGAGUUAGAGGCCAAGGUCCAGCCCCUCGAAGCUAGAAUUGAGGAACUUCAAACCCAGAAGGGCUUCCUGGAGGAAGAGAUCAAGCAAGUCCAGGAGGAUCGUGACAGAUGGCAGAAGCGAACCGAGGGCAUCCUUACGAAGUACGGCCGCGUCGACCCUGCCGAGAUGGAGCAGCUCAAACAGACAAUCACCGAAUUGCAGGCAGAGCGCGACGCCUUGAAGGAGUCCGAAGCACCUCUUCGAGCCGAGAUUGAGGAGACCAAACAAACUUUGGAGACGGAGAGGGCAAACUGGCAAAACACUCGUCAGCGAAUGACGGAGCAAUUCAAGGAGAGGUCGAGGAAGAUCACGGGCGAGCGGAACGAGGCUCUCACCGCCAAGAACGACGCUGUCGCGGAAAAGGAUGCCGCCAUUGCUGAGAAGGAACAACUUCUGCAGCAGCUCACUACAGCAAAUACUGAACUGGAGACGACGCGGCAGAGCCUGCAAGUUUCGACGCAGCAACAGACCGAAUUCGAGCAGCAAAUUCAGAGCUUCCAGCAGCAGGUUCAGAAGUUGCAACAGGACGCGCAAGCGAAUGGGCAGACAGCCCAGCCUGCCCCUGUCGCGCAGCCCCCCGCCGACUCCUCUCCGCCAGUAUCAAAUGAGGUCGUUGCUCAGCUUGAACAGCAGCUUGCCGAGAUUCGCAGCCAGCUGGAUGCUGUAUCCGCCCAAAAAGCGACCGCCGAGCAGGAGCUUGAGAACCUGCGUGCGCAGCUCCAGACUGUCGUUACCGAGAGGGAUCAAGCUGUUCAAGCCGCUCAGCAGGCUGUUCAGUCCCAGCAAAACACUGCAGCCGAGCCCACUCAACCCGCGCCGUCAGAAACUGCCGCGAUUAAUGGCGCAAGCGGACUGUCAGAUGAGGAGCGCAAGGCACUGGAAGAAAAGAUUGCCGCCGCAGAGGCCAAGGCGGCAGAGUGCGAGCGCAAGGCCCAGGAGCUGGAGGAGAACAUCACCCAGACCAUCAAGGAGCGGUCCGACAAGAUGCGUAACGCCCUCAACGAGAAGUUGCGCCAGUCCCGCGAGAAGCUGGAGGCAGAGUUUCAGACAAAGUUGGAGCAAGAGAAAGUCAUCUGGAAGGCCGAGAACCAGAGCACCGUCCCUAGCCAGCCCUCCGAGGAGCAGUCGGCAGUCGCUGCCACGCCUAUUAAGAAGCAGCCUGACUCCGAUGCGGUUCCGACAACGCCGAUUUCAAGCACACCUGGUGGCUCUGCAGAUCUGUCGCAACUCCCUGACGGCGAAAUCCGCAAGUUCCUUUCGACCAACCCAACAGUGCGGAGCAUCAUGUCUUCUAAUCUGAGGAAGAAGCUGGAAGAGCAGACUGCCAAGGUGAAGAGCGAGACGGAGACUACUCUGAAGGCUGAGUUCGAACAGAGAAUCGUCAGUGCACGCGACGAGGGCCAGAUGUUGGCUCAAAAGAAGUCUGCCCUGCAAAUCAAUAUGAAGGACAACCAGCUACGUGCCGCAAAUGCGAAGAUCGAUGUUGUCAAAGCCGCUGCUGAGAAGACACCCCAAAGACCCGUGGGCGAGGUAUGGGAAGAAGCCAAGGUCGCCAAACCAGCUCCUGCAGCUGCUCAGCCGAGCCCAGCAAAGCCUCCCGCAAACGCACCCCGACCUUCAAUCUCUGGGCCACCGGCUGCCGCGCCAGCGCAAGGUGUCACCAAUACGACUGCCUCGACUGGACCAGUCAAUCCCGCGCAGACCUCAGCUCAACCACAAAGCAACGUUUCUCAGCCUGGUACGGGCAUCCCCCAGCCCGGAACCAAUCUUCCUCAAGUCAAGCGUCAAAUUCCUCCCCCAUCAGAAACCAAACAAACAGCACCCAACGCCGGUGGAAAUCCUUUUGCUGCCGCUGCCGCGGCAGGAGUCUCCAACAACGGGGCUCAGCCAAACCCCCUUGCACAAUCGGCUCAGGCACAAGUGAAUCCCUUUGCCCAGGCUGCUCAAGCACAAGGAGGCCAGCAGGGUUCAGCGCAGCAACCCGCAACACAGAACCAACCGGCGCAACGUAGUGGCAUUCCCUUGCCCGGACGUGGUGGCGCAGCUGGUCGCGGUCGUGGCGGUACCUACGCUGCUGGUAAUCGGAUGUCGACCGGUGGAGCAGAGAGAGGUGGAGGUGCCGGUCGUGGCGGUCGUGGCGGUAGGGGAGGACACGCAGCGCUCAAUCCCGGUGUCAAUGACUUCCAGCCUGGCAACAAGAGGCCGAGAGGGGACUCCGAGGCUGGUGGCGCCGGGGGCGCGAAGAGGGCUAGAGGAGGUGGUCACUGA